CCCGCCACACGUGACCUCACAAACGACCCUCCCCGACGGCAAGGCUGCUCCUCCCCAGCGGGGCCGGACGGUGCGAGAGGCUCCGGUGCCCCCUUUCCGCCGGCGGCCAUGAAGGGGACCCCCAGCUCCCUGGAAACCCUGCUGUGGGUCUACCGCUUCCACAGCUCCACGGAGGUGGCCCUGCAGCCCCCACUCCUGUCCUCCCUGGAACUCGCUGUGGCCGCAGCCCACGAGUAUCUGGAGCAGAGGUUCCGAGAGCUCGAGUCCCGGGAUCCGCGAGAUCCGCAGGGGCCGCCCGCCCCGAAGCCCACCCUGGGGCUGGUGCUGAGAGAGGCCGCGGCCAGCGUCGUGAACUUCGGUGCCACCUUGUUCGAGAUCUCAGCCCUGUGGCUGCAGCAGCAGGUGCGGCGACUGGACGGCGGCGCCUGCAGCCCGAGCCCAGCCCCAGGCGCCGGGGACCCGGGCGGAGCGCUGGCCCGAGUAGCCCAGGCCGCGGGGCAGGGGGCUCGGCAAGCGGGGUCUGCGGCGGGCGCAGGUGCCCGGCUGGUGCUGCAGGGGGCGUGGCUGUGCCUGUGCGGGCGGGGCCUGCAGGGGUCCGCCUCCCUCCUGCAGCAGUGGAAGCGCCAGCUGGGCCUCGGAACUGCCGGGGGACCGGUGAGUUCAGAACGGAGAUGGAUGGAGGGGAGAGGAGUUGGGGGCCGGAGGCGGCGGGGCUCGCGGGGGGGGGGCACUGAGCCGGCCCGCCCCCGGCAGAGAUACUCAGGGGACCUCAAGGUGGUGCCCAGCAGCAGCGCGGAGGACGGGGGACCCGAGAACCCACCGCCGCCCCAGAUCCUCCCCACGCUCGAAUAAAGCCCAGGUGGGCCCGGAAGGCGGAGCUGCUCCCGUGUCAUGUGGCCCUAGCCCCGCCCCCGUGCUCGCCCGGUCCCGCCCGCACGCGUGGGUCCCCUCCGGGACCCUCUGCAGUCACCUGCC